UAACCGAUGGACAUCAUAAGUCAGCUAGUCUUCAAAGUAGAAGCAACUUGAAAACUUAAAAAACAUCAAUCAAAAUGUUCAAAUACGUCAUCGUUGUCCUCGCCACCAUUGCUUGCGCCGCAGCUAAACCCGGUCUCUUGCACGCUCCACUCGCGGCCGCACCGCUCGCCGUUGCCGCACCUGCACCCAUCAUCACCGCCACUAGCAGUCAAGUUGUUGCGAGAACCCACAAUGGCAUCGCCGCUGCGCCUAUUGUUGCCGCUGGCCCCGUGGCUGCUCCUCUCGCUGCUGCACUGCCCGCCAGAGUAAUCGCUCCCGCUCCACUCGCCGCACCGAUUUCGCCCUUCGUCCGUUACGCUGCUGCUCCAUUUGCUGCUCCAAUCGCACCAGUAGCUCGUUACGCCGGUGCUCCAAUCGCGCCGGUAGCUCGUUACGCCGCUGCUCCUCUCGCCGCAGCGCCCAUCGCCCGCUAUGCCGCCACUCCUUUCGCUUACUCCGCCCCACUGGCUGCUCCUCUGACUUAUGCUCCCUCAUAUGCGGCGCCUUUGAACUACGCCGCCGCUCCAGCGCUUUGGUAAUAAGGCACACGUUGACUGAUUUGGAUCAAAAAUUAAGUUAAGAUUGCAUAAAAAA